AUGGUUUCACUUAAUCCUAUCAGAAUAUUGAAGAAUGAGGCGGAAGAAGAAAAAGCAGAGAUCGCUCGAAUGUCUAGUUUCAUUGGAGCUAUUGCAAUUGGGGAUCUUGUUAAAAGUACUUUGGGUCCAAAAGGAAUGGACAAGAUUUUGGUAUCCAGCGGCAGAAAUGCCGGGCAGGUAGAAGUUACAAAUGAUGGUGCUACCAUAUUGAAGUCAAUUGGUAUAGACAAUCCUGCUGCUAAAAUUUUAGUUGAUAUGUCAAAAGUACAGGAUGAUGAAGUUGGUGAUGGAACAACUUCAGUGACAGUUUUAGCUGCUGAAUUGCUUAGAGAGGCUGAGAAAUUAAUUGAACAGAAACUUCAUCCUCAAACUAUAAUAGCCGGUUGGCGUAUUGCUGUGGAAGCUGCAAAGCAAGCUCUAGCAGAAUCGAGUUUUGAUCAUGAGAUAAAUUUAAAUGAAGCUGCCUUACGUUUAGACCUUGAAAAAAUUGCACGUACUACAUUAAGUUCUAAAAUUCUUUCCAACCAUAAAGAACACUUCACAAAGUUAGCUGUUGAUGCAGUUAUUCGACUGAAAGGUUCUGGAAAUCUAAAGGCUAUACAGAUCAUGAAGAUAAGUGGUGGUCUUUUAGAAGAAUCUUUCCUUGAUGAAGGUUUUCUAUUAAACAAAAAGGUCGGAAUACAUCAACCUAAAAGGAUUGAAAAUGCUAAUAUUCUGAUAGCUAAUACACCUAUGGACACUGAUAAAAUCAAAGUAUUUGGGUCAGUUAUAAAGGUUGAUUCAAUGGCCAAAAUUGCAGAGUUGGAAGUUGCUGAAAAGGAAAAGAUGAAGGACAAAGUAAAUAAAAUACUGGCCCACAAAUGCAAUGUGUUUAUCAAUAGGCAACUGAUUUACAAUUACCCGGAACAGUUGUUUGCUGACGCUGGUGUGAUGGCUAUUGAGCAUGCAGACUUUGAUGGUAUUGAGCGCCUCGCUCUAGUUACUGGUGGGGAAAUUGUUUCAACAUUUGAUACACCAGAGAAGGUUAAAUUAGGUCAUUGCAAGGUUAUUGAACAGGUUUUGAUCGGCGACGAGAGUUUGAUCAGGUUCUCUGGCGUGGAGCUUGGGUCUGCGUGUACCGUUGUGAUCCGUGGUGCCACCCAGCAAGUGAUUGACGAGGCGGAGCGUUCGCUCCACGACGCCUUGUGCGUUCUCGCCGCCACUGUUAAGGAACCGAAAGUAAUUUUCGGUGGAGGCGCCAGCGAGAUGCUUAUGGCGGAGGCGGUGUCGGGCGUAGCGAGCCGCACCGCCGGCAAGGAGGCGUUGGCGGCUGAGGCGUUCGCCGUAGCGCUACGCCGGCUGCCCUCCGCCGUAGCGGACAACGCGGGCUACGACAGCGCCGAUCUCAUCUCGCGUCUGAGGGCCCACCACGCUCAGGGAGAGACCACCAUGGGCCUUGACAUGGAGAACGGCUGCGUGGGCGACAUGUCGAAGCUGGGAAUUACCGAGUCGUACGUGGUGAAGCGUCAGAUGCUCCUGUCUGCCUCUGAGGCGGCGGAGAUGAUUCUGCGCGUUGACAACAUCCUCAAAGCGGCACCACGUCGCCGCGGACCGGAUCGCCGCCCCUGC